GUAUAUGAUCUCCAUAUUCUCCCCUUACUCCCCUAAGUUUCCCCGGACCCUCUCGCUCUCAUCUCGCCUUGUUCCGUUUGACAGUUAACGUUGCGAAUCAACUCUAACCUCACGUCACGUCACGCCCGAGCACCAACAUCGUCACCGAGACCGAGACCGAACACCGCAGCAAACAUGGCCUUCCUGGGCCUGGAGAAGCACCUCACCUUCUACGGCAGCUACCACGCACACCCGACCAACAUCUACAUCCACAUCGUGUUUGUGCCAGUGCUGAUGUUCACGAUGAUGUCUCUGGGAGCGAACGUCUCCCUGCCACUGCCGCUGGUCCCGUCUGAAUACGCCAACCUCAGCACUGUCACCGCCGCCGUCUACGGCUUGGGGUACAUCCUCCUCGCGCCGAUCCCGGGUACGCUGCUGGCGCCGUACGUGCUCGUGCAGUCCCUCGUCGGGAGCUACUGCGUCGGUCAUAUCGACAGGUUCAAUAUGUACGCUGCGGCGGUCCAGGUCGUCAGCUGGCUUCUGCAGUUUGUGGGACAUGGCGUCUUUGAGAAGAGGGCCCCUGCCCUCCUCGAUAAUCUUUCGCAGGCGCUGUUUCUCGCGCCGCUGUUUGUGUGGAUCGAGGUGUUGUUCAUGAUGGGAUGGAAUCAGGAGCUUAAGCUGAGGUUGGAGGGGAGUGUGGCUGAGAGGAGGAAGGAGAUGGAUCAAGCGAAGAAGGGGAAGGGGAAAGGGAAGGGGAAGAGCGAGUUGUGAUUGCGCAAGGGAGGGAGUGUGUUCACGUUGCUUUUCUAGCUGUUUAUUCCAUCCCAAGAGAGGCGAAGGUUAUUCAUAAGGAAUUCACAUAUACUCAUCUAC